AGCACUACAAUUCUCUGUGUGUGUCUCUCUCUCCCUCUCUCUCUCCCAAGAAGCCCUAGAUUUUCUCGUUCUUUCACCCUCUCGGGAAAAAACAUGGCAAACUCGGCUUCAGGAAUGGCUGUUCAUGAUGAUUGCAAGUUGAGGUUUUUAGAACUGAAGGCUAAAAGGACUUACCGCUUCAUAGUUUUCAAGAUCGAGGAAAAGCAAAAGCAAGUCGUUGUGGAGAAGCUUGGUGAACCUACUGAUAGCUAUGAAGAUUUCACUGCUAGCCUUCCAGCUGAUGAGUGUAGAUACGCUGUGUAUGACUUCGAUUUUGUGACCAACGAGAACUGCCAGAAGAGCAGGAUAUUUUUCAUUGCCUGGUCUCCUGAUACAUCAAAAGUAAGAAGCAAGAUGAUUUAUGCCAGCUCGAAGGACAGGUUCAAAAGGGAAUUGGACGGCAUCCAGGUAGAGUUGCAAGCUACUGAUCCUACUGAGAUGGGUCUCGAUGUUAUAAGGAGCCGCGCCAAUUAAUAAUGUAACGUCUACUUUGAAAUGGAACUUUAUACUACGUGGUUCACAUAAAUGUAAUGUCUAUAGCAACUUUGGAUAUUGGAAUUUGCUUUGAUAUUGGGCUGCUCUUAUAUUUGUGGAUUCAUAUGGGGUCAGUGUACCCCCUUGUAAUACUUACUGACCAAUAUAUGAUGGUUUGCUGGGG